AUGAAGAGUAUAGCUAUCACAUUGAAAGUCUUAAAUACAUCUAUCAGUUCUGCUGAAAAAGUCAAACUUGAAAUUGAGAAGAUCAAGUUGAAUAUUGAAAGAAUCAAAUUGAAGAUUGAAAAGAAGAAAAUUGCUGUGAAGAAGAAGAAAAUUAUCAUUGAAAAGGAAAAAUUGAAUGUUGAAAAUACAAAGCUUGCUGUUCAGCAGAAGAUCUUGAGAUUGAUUAACAAUCAUUAUAAGAGUUAA